UCGGCCACGCUCACAGCGCAUGGAGAGGAGUCCACGAAGUUGCCCGCUGGCUCGGAGAGCAGUGAGGAGGAGGAGAAGCUGGACCUCUCUUCAGCCAGGAGGCUGACGGACGAGGAGCUGAUGCGAGCAUGCGGGGGCCGCACGGCGCACAAGGGCGCCCGUCACGGCCUGACCAUGAGCGCAAAGCUGGCGCGGCUGGAGGAGCAGGAGCGAGCGUUCCUGGCCGUGUACCGGCACAGGGAGCAGCACCCCGGGCCCCUGGGGAGCAGCCCCCCAGCAGAGGGGCAGGACACAAGAAAGAAAAAGAAGAGGAAACG